AUGUCAGAGCUGAGACUCCUCACUCAGUUCCCGCCUUCAGUUCGCAUUGAGAACCUCACUAUUCUUCCAAAUGGCACUAUUGUGGUGUGCAACGCCUACACCGGAGAUCUCUACAGCAUCAACCCUCUCAGCCGUUUGUCAAAGAGGACCCCCUACCUAUUCACUUCUCUCGCGCCAUAUUCCUCGGCCAUCUUCGGGCUCACAUCCCCGUUGCCAGACACAAUCGUUGCUACUGCCAGUAACUUCUCGUGGGAAGAAGGACUUGUAGAGCCGGGUUCCAACGUUGUCCAUCACAUCACGCUCACCGAGGCUGGGGCCAAGAUCAAGGCAUUCCCCAUUUCUUCGGCAGCAUGGCUGAACGGCCUGACACCUGUACCUCGCUCACCGCAUUACCUACUUGUUGCGGAUUGUGCUUCUGGCUCUCUACUCCGGCUCGACACACGAACAGGAUGCGUCGAAACUGUCAGCUCGGAUCCCCUCUUUGCCCCUAUACCCGAGCCUGAGUCCAACCUCCUGCUUGGCAUCAACGGAGUUCACGCUCGAGACGGAUGGCUGUACUUUACCAACACAAAUCAGGGCUUGUACGGCCGCCUAGCCAUCACUCCCGAGGGUCUAUCAGUCGGGACACCGGCUGAGAUCAUCGCACGGGGACUCAACGGGUCAACGUUCGAUGAUUUUGCCCUGAGACGAGACGGUGUUGCAUUCCUCGCCACAGGGCUGGGGAACCUCAACGGUAUUGAGACGAUUACCGAUAGAGGUGAGGGUCAAAUGCUGGUUUCCUGGGAGUAUGGCUCCCCGGCCAUCAGCCAACCAGUUUCGGCCGUAUUUGGUCAAACAAUCAAAGAAAGGAGCACUUUGUACUUUGCAACCGCAGGAUCGUACUUGGGUAGCAACGCAACGUCGACUGGGGGUCAGAUCUUUUCCCUUAAGGUUAAGUGUUAG